GAUGCUGUGAUCGGAGCGGAACUUUCAUGCUCAGCUCGUGAACCGGGGAUCAUGUGGACACCGACAGAGGACGAAAAACUCGCAGUGGUGAUCUGCAACUUUCGGGGCUCUGUGGCUCAGGGGCUGAUUCUAGAGAUUGGAGAAACUGUCCAGAUCCUGGAGAAGUGUGAAGGGUGGUUUCGAGGAUUCUCCACCAGGAAACCUAAUGUUAAGGGCAUCUUCCCAGCUAGCUAUGUGUAUCUGCGGAAGGCUGUUGUCACCAACAGAGGGCAGUAUGAGACAGUGGUGCCGCAUGAGGAUCCCAUCGUGACUGAAGUCACCUCCACUCUACAAGAAUGGGCUGUACUCUGGAAGCAGCUCUAUGUGAAGCAUAAAGUGGACCUCUUCUAUAAGCUGCGCCACGUGAUGAACGAGCUGAUUGACCUGCGGCGGCAGAUGCUAUCCGGUCACCUAACGCAGGAUCAGAUUCGUGAGGUCAAGCGGCACAUCACCAUACGCCUGGACUGGGGCAAUGAACACUUAGGCCUGGACCUCGUGCCGAGGAAGGACUUCGAAAUGGUAGACGCAGACCAGAUUAGUGUCUCUGAUCUUUACAAAAUGCAUCUGUCCAGCCGACACAGUGUCCAGCAAAGCACAUCACAGGGGGACGGCACGCGUCAGCGCCACGGAGAUGCAUGUCGGGUUCCUGUCCCUCACCACCUGUUUGUCAAUCUCAAGAGCUUUACCUACAACACCAUAGGAGAAGAUACAGACAUUUUCUUUUCCCUUUAUGACCUUCGGGAAGGCAAACACAUAAGUGAAAAGUUCAUGGUGAGGCUCAACAAAAACGGAGGCCCGAAGAACCCAGAGAAGAUCGACCGGCUUUGUGCACUGUUUACGGACCUGAGCAAUAAGGAUAUGAAGCGAGACCUGUACAUUGUUGCUCAGGUCAUCAGGACCGGGCGAAUGCUGCUGAAUGACUCGAAGAAGGGCCCUCCACACGUGCAUUACCGACGCCCGUACGGAUGCGCCGUGCUUGCCAUGAGCGAUGUGCUGCACACCAUAUCAGAGCUAAAGGAGGAGAAAGAUUUCGUGCUCAAAGUUUACACAUGUAACAAUGAGAAUGAGUGGUACCAGAUUCAUGAGAACAUCAUCCGCAAGUCCAGCACCAAAUACACUGCACCCAGCACCAACUAUGGACUGAUCAUCUCCCUGCAGCUUCUCCGGGGAGAGACAGAACAGAUCCGUAGGGAGAAUCCUAUGAUCUUUAACCGUGGUGUCGCCAUCACACGCAAACUUGGGUUCCCAGAUGUCAUCAUGCCAGGGGAUAUCCGUAAUGAUUUGUACCUCACUUUGGAAAGAGGUGACUUUGAGAGAGGAGGGAAGAGCGUGCAGAAAAACAUCGAGGUCACAGUGUAUGUGUUGUAUGCCGAUGGAGAGAUUCUUAAGGACUGCAUUAGCUUAGGCUCAGGAGAGCCAAAUAUCAGUGAACACCGUUCACUUGUCCUCUACCACAACAACAGCCCACGCUGGAGUGAAGUGAUCAAGCUGCCCAUCCCUAUCGACCGCUUCAGAGGCUCCCAUCUGCGCUUCGAGUUCAGGCACUGCUCAACCAAAGACAAAGGUGAGAAGAAGCUCUUUGGUUUUGCUUUCACACCGUUAAUGAGAGAAGAUGGGACGACACUAUCUGACGAAUGUCACGAGCUCUAUGUGUACAAGUGUGAUGAGAACACAACCUUCAGCAACCACGCUCUGUAUCUGGGCCUACCCUGCUGUAAAGACGACUUUAACGGCUGCCCAAACAUUCCCUCCAGCCUCAUCUUCCAGCGUAGCACUAAGGAAACCCUGUGGAUUUCCACUCAGCUCUCCUCCACCAAGCUCACACAGAAUGUGGACUUGCUGGCUCUGCUAAAGUGGAAAGCUCAACCUGAUCGUGUGAUGGAUAUUCUGGGUCGAUUAAGGCAUGUUAGUGGAGAGGAAAUAGUCAAAUUUCUUCAGGACAUCCUGGACACACUGUUCUCCAUUUUAGAUGACAACACAGAUAAAUAUGGUCCUCUGGUGUUUCAGUCACUGGUAUUCAUCAUCAAUCUGCUUCGGGACAGCAAAUACUACCACUUCCGCCCAGUGAUGGACACUUACAUCCAGAAACACUUUGCUGGAGCUUUGGCCUAUAAGGAGCUUAUACGCUGCCUGAAAUGGUAUAUGGACCGUUCAGCAGAGGUUGUCCGGCAGGACCACAUUCAAGAAGCGAUGAGGGCACUGGAGUAUUUGUUCAAGUUCAUAGUCCAGUCACGGAUCCUGUACUCUCGGGCCACCUGUGGCAUGGAGGAGGAACAGUUUCGCACCAGCAUCCAGGAGCUCUUCCAGUCCAUCCGCUUCGUGCUGAGCUUAGACAGCCGUAGUUCAGAGACUCUCAUUUUCACCCAGGCAGCCCUGCUUAAUUCCUUCCCAGCCAUAUUUGAUGAGUUGCUGCAGAUGUUCACAGUGCAGGAGGUGGCGGAGUUUGUAAGGGGAACCUUGGGAAGCAUGCCCAGUACAGUGCACAUAGGCCAGUCUAUGGACGUUGUAAAACUGCAGUCUAUUGGUCGGACAGUAGAUAGCAGGUUGUUCUCUUUCCCAGAGUCAAGAAGGAUUCUCCUACCUGUGGUCUUGCACCACAUCCAUCUUCAUCUGCGGCAGCAAAAAGAAUUGCUCAUAUGUUCAGGGAUCUUGAGCAGCAUUUUCUCCAUCAUCAAGGCCAGUUCGCUGGAGACCUCGGUGCAGGAGGAGGUGGAGAUGGUGGUGGAAAGCUUGUUGGAUGUUUUGUUGCAGACACUGCUUGCCAUCAUGAGCAAGUCGCAAGCUCAGGAGGCGGUAAGAGGCCAGCGCUGCCCACAGUGCACGGCCGAGAUCACUGGUGAAUAUGUGUCCUGUCUGCUGUCCCUCCUGCGGCAAAUGACGGACAUUCACUUUCAGCACCUCCUGGACAACUUCCAGAGCAAAGAAGAGCUAAAAGAGUUCUUGCUGAAGAUUUUCUGUGUUUUCCGCAACUUGAUGAAGCUCAGCAUUUUCCCCAGAGACUGGAAUGUGAUGCGGCUCCUGACCAGCAACAUCAUUGUAACCACAGUGCAGUAUCUCUCUCCUGCUCUGCACAAGAACUUCACGGAUGCUGACUUUGACUUUAAGGUUUGGAACUCCUACUUCAGUUUGGCAGUUCUGUACAUCAACCAGCCCAGUCUGCAACUGGAGACCUUAACCUCAUCCAAGAGGAAGAAGAUUCUAGACAAAUACGGCGAUAUGAGAGUCAUGAUGGCCUAUGAGCUAUUCAGCAUGUGGCAAAACCUUGGUGAAAAUAAGAUCCACUUUAUACCAGGAAUGAUCGGACCCUUCCUGGGUGUGACCCUGGUGCCUCAAAGCGAGGUCAGGAACAUCAUGAUUCCCAUCUUCCAUGAUAUGAUGGACUGGGAGCAGCGCAAAAACGGCAACUUUAAACAGGUGGAGGCAGAACUCAUAGACAAGCUAGACAGUCUGGUGUCUGAGGGGAAAGGAGACGAGAACUACAGAGAGCUUUUUGGGUUACUUACUCAGCUUUUCGGCCCCUAUCCGAGUCUCCUGGAAAAGAUUGAGCAGGAGACGUGGCGUGAGACAGGCAUCUCCUUCGUCACCUCUGUCACUCGCCUUAUGGAGAGGCUACUGGAUUACAGGGAUUGCAUGAAGGGCGACGAGACGGAGAACAAGAAGAUAGGUUGCACCGUCAAUUUGCUAAACUUCUAUAAGUCUGAGAUAAAUAAGGAGGAGAUGUAUAUCCGUUACAUUCACAAGCUGUGUGACAUGCACCUGCAGGCUGAGAACUACACAGAGGCGGCGUUCACUCUGCUUCUGUACUGGGAACUGCUGCAGUGGGAGGAUCGACCCCUGAGGGAGUUUCUGCACUACCCGGCUCAGAGCGAGUGGCAUCGCAAAGAGGAUCUCUGCCGCAAGGUGAUCCAUUACUUCAACAAGGGCAAGUGCUGGGAGUACGGGAUUCCUUUCUGCAGAGAGCUAGCCAUUCAGUAUGAAUCCUUAUACGACUACCAGAGCCUUAGCUGGAUACGGAAAAUGGAAGCAGCCUACUAUGACAACAUUAUGGAGCAGCAGAGACUGGAGCCCGAGUUUUUCAGGGUGGGCUUUUAUGGGCGAAAAUUUCCUUUCUUCCUCAGGAAUAAGGAGUUUGUUUGUCGUGGGCAUGACUAUGAGAGGCUUGAAGCCUUUCAGCAGAGAAUGCUGGGAGAAUUCCCACAAGCAAUUGCCAUGCAACAUCCAAACCAACCAGACGAGGCUAUUUUGCAGUGUGAAGCUCAGUACUUGCAGAUCUACGCUGUAUCUCCAGUUCCAGAAAACGUAGAAGUGCUUCAGAUGGACCGAGUGCCUGACCGGAUUAAAAGCUUCUACCGAGUGAACAACGUGCGGCGCUUUCGCUACGACAGACCGUUCCACAAAGGCCCCAAAGACAAGGACAACGAGUUCAAGAGUCUGUGGAUCGAGAGGACUACACUUAUCCUUACACACCCCCUGCCAGGCAUAUCUCGCUGGUUUGAGGUGGAAAAGCGGGAACUGAUUGAAGUGAGUCCGCUGGAGAACGCCAUCUCCGUGGUAGAGAAUAAGAACCAGGAACUGCGCACUUUAAUCAGCCAGUACCAGCACAAGCAGCUGCACGGCAACAUUAACCUGCUUAGCAUGUGUCUGAAUGGGGUGAUCGAUGCAGCUGUUAACGGAGGCAUUGCUCGCUAUCAGGAGGCAUUCUUUGAUAAAGAAUACAUCUCGACUCACCCAGAGGACACCGAAAAAAUCACUCAGCUCAAGGACCUCAUGCAAGACCAGGUCCACAUCCUGGGUGUAGGUCUGGCUGUCCAUGAGAAACUGGUACACCCGGAAAUGCGUCCCUUGCACAAGAAGCUGAUCGAUCAGUUCCAGAUGAUGAGGAGCAGUCUGUGCCAUGGUCUCCCUGGCCUGGACAGACUAAGUGCUGCCUGCUCUGGACCCAGCAACCCACGAGCUAUUCUUCCAUCCCAUAAUCCUAUGAGCCCAGACAGCAUCAAAUUCAUGCACAGACACAGCCCAUCUUUGUCUCGCACCGUGCGUCACUCCUCGUCUUCCCUCUCCUCCAGUGAGACCGGAAACCUCCUCAUCCUCAGUGACGGGGUGCUGAUGGAGCAUCCUGAAGAGCUCUACCGCAUGCAAGUUAUGUUUAAAGACUACGAGUUUUCGAUUUUAAAUAAUAACCUGUUCAAUCUCCAGCCCAGUCCCUCGACAUCCAGCCUGAGCUCCACUCACUCCGCUCCUCCUCAGAUGAUUAACUCAGGCCCCGGCGGCAUCCGAGUUGGAUCUCCAUCACUGCCUGAUCGAUAUAGGCACAACCGCGAGAUGCUGAUGCUACUUCCAGCACAUCGAGAUCGUCCCAGCAGCGCCCUGUACCCCAACCUCGGUGAGAAUGGACAGCCUACCAACCUGCAGCGGGCCUUGCUUCAUCAGGUGAUCGGUCCGUGCAAGCCAUGCAGUGACCCCAAUCUGUCUGUGGCUGAAAAAGGCCACUUUUCAAUGCACUUUGAUGCUUUCCAGCAGCAGAUUGGUGAAUUCCCCCCAGCUCUCCCCGCACGAUCCUUAAGGAAGUCACCUCUUCACCCCAUACCUGCCUCACCCACAAGUCCUCAGUCGGCUCUUGAUGGCAGUAACUCCACGCUGUCAGGAAGUGCCAGUAGUGGCGUCUCGUCCUUAAGCGAGAGCAACUUCUGCCCAUCCUCAUCAGAUCCUCCUGCACUGGACUCUACGCCCAGUUGCCAGACAUGGACCACGGACACAGACGAGGCAGAGAUGCCAAGCACCGUCCGCUACAGCAUCUCUGAGCCUGAUGUCCUGGACAGCCUGAAGCCAGCCCCCUGCCGCAGCCACUCGGCACCUGUGGGCGUCAUGCCAGUGCUGCCUCCAGACGGGCACCACCAUAUCCAUGCUGGGCACAUAAGCCAUUACCACCUUCAUCAUCAUGAGCCAGCUCCAGCACUUCCCCCUAAACCAUACCUGAGAGAAGGCUGCAUCCCAGAGGAGGACUUGAGACCUGUGCCAAGACCAAUGCCACGCAAGAUCUCUCAACCACUUCUCACCAACAAGGAAGACCAGGCUAAAGUUGCAUGGGAGCAUGGAGUCAGUGAGGAGUGAAAGCGGGACCUAUAACAGAGCAGGCACAUUGAGUGGUUUGGAGAAUUGCAAAUUAUAGAAUGAGAGAAUGUGAUCUGGCUCAUUUUGCCUCCAUCAAGACUUUUUACAAAUAAUCAUAGGAGCCUCUUUGGUCCUGAUGCAAGAACUGAGUAAAUCCCUCAAAUUAACUUUUUAACAUUGUCUGGUUUAUGCUUCAUCAGAAGUGCUUCAGGGUAACAGCUUUAAAAUUAACUUUUGAAAGGCCUGGAAUGUUCUUGGUUUUCAAAAUCGUUGCAGGUUCUUAAUUAAUUUCAGGGUAGCUUCAGAGCAGCGAAGACUUGCAGUAAAUGUAUAAGGAUAUAACCGUUUUUAAUGCGACCUUAUGUGAGAAGUGGACAAUCUCAUUUAGAGUCACACUGCAGCAGCAGUUUCAGGCGAAUCUAUUUUACUUUAGGCUACAACUACUUUAAACACUUUAGAAGUGCCUCCAAGUGACUGACAAGAAACAUAACAGGUAUUGAUUACAUUACACUAAGAA